AUGGCUAAAAGAAGAACUAAAACGAGAACCCAUGUUAAACCGGACCCUGAGGAACUUAAAAAAAUUCCCAAAUCUAUGGUUAUACGAGUGGGUCAAACUUCAAUGAGCAAUCAUUCGCUGAAUCAGCUCGUUAAGGAUUUCCGUCAAGUUAUGCAACCGCACACAGCUAUCAAGUUGAAAGAGCGCAAGUCCAAUAAGCUAAAGGACUUUGUCGUGAUGUGUGGUCCAUUGGGUGUAUCCCAUCUUUUUAUGUUCACGCAAUCUGAGAAAACAGGAAAUGUUUCGCUCAAGAUCGCAAGAACUCCACAUGGUCCAACUAUAUCUUUUCAGGUUUUGAACUACUCGCUAGGAAAAGAUAUUAAACGAUUUUUAAAGCGUCCUAAAUCACUGGGAAAAGAAGACGUGUUAAACCCUCCCUUGUUGGUAUUGAAUGGUUUUGGUAUUAAAACUAAUAGCGAUGACAAGGAAGUGCAAGAAAAGGCCAAUGUAGAGAAGGUGGUGAUUUCAAUGUUUCAGAAUAUUUUUCCACCAUUGAAUCCAGCGAAGACUCAGUUGAACACAAUCACCCGUGUGUUUAUGAUCAAUAAAGACCCUGAAACCUCGGAAAUCUCGAUGAGACACUACGUUAUUGACAUCAGAGAGGUUGAUAUCUCCAAAAAUUUAAAGCAUUUGUACAGAGCGAAGAACAAGCUUAAGAAAUCUGUUCCUAACUUAAAUAGGAAAGAAGACAUUUCCUCUCUGAUCUUAGACCAUGAUAUCGGGGCAUAUACGUCGGAAAGUGAGGUUGAUGAUGAUGCGAUUGUGAAAGUCGUAGAAAACAAAGAUAGACAUGUGAAAUCGCUACCUGAAAAGAAGGGAGAGGACAAUGGCGUAGAGGUCCAUCAAGAAUCACUGGACGUCGCGACCCCUCGCAAAAAAGCUAUCAAAUUGACAGAGGUCGGGCCUAGAUUAACCCUCAAAUUGGUCAAAAUUGAAGAGGGUAUUUGCUCCGGCAAAGUACUCCAUCAUGAGUACGUAAAGAAAACAAGUGCAGAGAUAAAGGCUCUGGAGAAGAAACAUGCCCAACGUAUGAGGCUCAAGGAGGAGAGAAAGAAAGAACAAGAGGCUAAUAUAGCAAAAAAGAAAGAGGCAAAGGAGGCCAAGAAACAACGUAAACUUGAACGAAGAAAGCAAAGAGAGUUGGCUCAACAAGGCGAUGUUGAAGCGGAGGGCACACAGUCUUCGGAAUCUUCAAGUAGCGAAAGUGAAGCAUAUAGCGAUGUUCCUGAGGACCUAGAUAGUGAUUUGUACAGCGACAUCGAAUAG